GGGGUGUUGUGGGGGGGAGGGAAGCCCCAGCGCGAGCGGCAGGCAGCGCGAGGCCCCGGCGGCGCGGCGCGGCGCGGCCCGGCCCCGCCCCGGCCUCCCUCAGCUUGAGCUGAGCUGCACCAAACAUGGGCGACGACAGACCCUUCGUGUGCAGCGCCCCAGGCUGUGGCCAGAGGUUUACAAACGAAGACCACCUGGCAGUCCACAAACACAAACAUGAGAUGACCCUGAAGUUCGGCCCGGCUCGCACCGACUCCGUCAUCAUCGCAGAUCAGACCCCGACCCCGACGAGGUUCCUGAAGAACUGUGAAGAGGUUGGGCUCUUCAACGAGCUGGCCAGCUCCUUUGAGCAUGAGUUCAAGAAAGCUACAGAGGAUGAGGAGAAAAAGAACGCUGGAGCCCUGGAUAUGUCCCUGCCCUCCACCCCAGACAUCAAGAUCAAGGAGGAGGAGCCGGUGGAGGUGGAUUCGUCCCCGCCGGACAGCCCCGCGUCCCACCCGCGCUCGCCCCAGCCCCAGGAGAAGGAGGUGGCCUCCAAGCCUGUGAUCAUCUCCACGCCGACUCCGACCAUCGUGCGCCCGGGGUCCCUGCCCCUGCACCUGGCUUAUGACCCCCUGCACCCCACCCUGCCCUCCCCCACCUCGGUCAUCACCCAGGCCCCCCCCUCCAACAGGCAGCUGGGGUCUCCCACAGGUUCCCUGCCCCUGGUGGUGCAGCUGGCCAACGGGCAGGCCCUGCCCGUGCUGCCCGGGCCCCCUGUCCAGAUGCCUUCUGUCAUCUCGCUGGCCCGCCCCGUGUCCAUGGUGCCCAACAUCCCUGGCAUUCCUGGGCCACCCAGCAGCAGCAGUGGGUCCCUCUCCCCAUCAGGACUCCCAGCGCACUCCGAAGCCAAGCUGAGGCUGAAGGCCAGCUUGACAGCAUCUUCCUCACUCAAUGGCAGCAACCUGGUGCUGGGCUCAGCCAGCACGAUGGUGCCAGCAAGGCCAGAGCAGAGCCAGAUCCUUGUCCAGCAUCCUGAUGCCCCUUCCCCAGCUCAACCACAGGUGUCCCCUGCCCAGCCCACGCCCAGCCCCGGGGGCCGGCGGCGGCGGGCGGCGGACGAGGACCCGGACGAGCGGCGGCAGCGCUUCCUGGAGCGGAACCGGGCGGCCGCCUCCCGCUGCCGGCAGAAGCGCAAGCUCUGGGUGUCCUCCCUGGAGAAGAAAGCUGAGGAGCUCACCACCCAGAACAUCCAACUGAGCAAUGAAGUCACACUGCUGAGGAAUGAGGUGGCCCAGCUGAAGCAGCUGCUGCUGGCUCACAAGGACUGUCCUGUCACUGCACUACAGAAGAAGACCCAGGGCUACCUUGACAGCCCCAAGGAGAGCUCGGAGCCCACCGGCUCGCCGGCCGCGGUCAUCCAGCACAGCUCGGUGCCGGGGGCGGCGCCGGGGGCGGCGCCAGGCUCUGCCAACGGGCUCCGGGCCGCCGAGGCCGUGGCCACCUCGGUGCUGGCACAGAUGGCAACCCAAAGGACAGAACUGGGCCUGCCCUCCCACGUCAUCAUGGCCCCACAGUCGCAGUCUGCUGGCAGAUGAUUGGC